CUAAGACGACACGUGUCAAGCAAAGAGAUGAGUAGUACAUUGUUCAUCCCGUACAACGGCAGCGUACACCACCUAAUUUUCUAAGCAGCGUUUAUUAUACACGUGUUCUCUUCCUUUUUAACGCCGGAAAUCCCUCCACCUUUUCCUUUUUCUCCGUUCAAACGAAAUCUCUACGUAUAGCCGUAGAAAUAUACGUAUAAUAUAGAUUGCAAUUUUUCACCAUCAACGGAUUCGAUUCGGAACCCUAGCUAGAUUUUGGGAUCCUACACUUAUAGAUAGAGAUAUAUAAUCUACUCUUACUUGUACUCUUUGUGUAAAUAAUUAAUUUCUAGGGGAAGCAAUGGGAGCGGUGACAUCGUCGAUGGCAGCAAAGUUUGCGUUUUUUCCGCCGAAUCCGCCAUCGUAUGGAGUAGUGGUGGAAGAAUCGACGGGGAAAUUGAAGUUGACUGAAGUGGCGGCGAAGGAAAACGUUGACAUAUUGAAGCUACCGACGAAGAAGGGAACGGAGAUUGUCUCGGUGUAUAUUAGGAAUCCGGCGGCGAUGCUGACCGUACUUUACUCGCACGGCAACGCGGCUGAUCUAGGGCAGAUGUACGAGUUGUUUAUUGAACUCAGUCACCUUCUCCGGGUCAAUUUGAUGGGAUAUGACUAUUCAGGAUAUGGGCGGUCCACCGGCAAGCCUAGUGAGCAGAAUACUUAUGCCGACAUAGAAGCUGCAUAUAGAUGUCUUGAAGAGACAUAUGGGGUGAAAGAGGAAGAUGUCAUACUAUAUGGACAGUCAGUUGGUAGUGGACCCACACUGGAUCUGGCAUCGCGAUUGUCAAGAUUGAGGGCAGUGGUUCUUCACAGCCCAAUACUCUCUGGACUUCGUGUGAUGUAUGCAGUGAAGCGGACAUAUUGGUUUGACAUAUAUAAGAAUAUUGACAAAAUACCAUUGGUUGAAUGUCCUGUCCUCAUUAUUCAUGUGA